CUUACCUCCUUCCUCUGGCUUUAUAAACCACAUCAUCCCCGAUCCUUGCCAUUAAAUACUUGCAUCACAGACCACUCCAUCGAAAUAAUCAACCAUGUCCCUCCCCACCGUCCUCAUCACCGGCUGCAGCGCAGGCGGUAUCGGCUCCGCCCUAGCCGAAGCAUUCCACGAGCGGAACCACCACGUCAUUGCGACUGCCCGUUCCGUGGACAAAAUGUCGCAUCUGUCCAAGUACCCCAACAUGACUCUGCUCAAGUUAGAUGUAACUUCUCCCGAUGAUAUCGCUGCCGCUGUGGAAGCGGUUAAAUCACUCACCGGCGGGACGUUAGACUACCUUGUGAACAACUCCGGUCUCCCGCUUACGUUUCCGGUAUUGGAAACAGACAUCGAGAAAGCCAGAGAGGUCUUCGAGGUGAACUUCUGGGGAGUCGUAAGAAUGGUGAAUGCGUUCUCCGAGAUGGUGAUUGCCUCAAAAGGCGUUAUCGCAAAUCAUUGCUCCAUGGGUGGGGUUAUGACGGUUCCGUGGAAUGCGUUUUACACAUCUUCAAAAGCAGCAUUGAAAUCCUAUAGCGAGGGUCUUCGCCAUGAACUCGCACCAUUCGGAGUCAGAGUCGUGACCAUCAUGACUGGUGUCGUGGGGUCGAAUCUCUGGACUCGCGCGCCGGAGUUCAAUCUCGAGGGAUCUAGAUAUGCGCCUGCGACAAAGGAGAUGAUGGAUAUUGCGACUGGGGCGACCACAGGCGGCACGAUGCCUUGUUCGGAUUAUGCGCGUCGGGUGGUUGAUGACCUGGUUGGUGGGAAGACUGGGCUUAUUUGGAGGGGGAAGAUGGCCUCCAUUGGGUGGUUUUUGACGUCGUUCAUGCCGACGUGGUUUUUGGAUAUGAUGACAAAUCACAGGAGUGGAUUUGACAAAUUGGGUUGAUGCGACGAGCACCGAGAUCGAGUUUUACUGUGUGCGCAUUGGUUUCACAGAUACUAUCUCAUGCUACCGGUGACUUUGAGUCAAGAUGCUUUGCGGAUGCAUGUAUACUAUACGACUAAUCAACAGGGAGAGCCUGAGCGAGAAGCAUUUCUUUGCAAGACUAUUCAUAUCGCGUCCUCCCCCUUGAUGCCUGUAUUCUAUCCGUCGCCUAUCUGAGACCCUUGCCCUAAAUCGCCUAAGUUACCCUACCUCUGUGUCUACAGCCGCGAAUUCAACUCUUCUCCACGAGCUGACUGCUCCACCGCGGCGCGCCGAGCAUCCUCUGCCUCGUAGGUUUCCCUCCACGCCUCCUCGACCUAAGACACAGAUUAGUAUUCUAAACCAGUAUUUCCGAUGGCAACAUACAUUAUAGCUAUACAACCACCCAUGGUCAUCAUCCCACUUGUUGGCAAC